AUAAGCAAAAGCACCCUUUUACUUUCUUUUUAUGUUUUGUGUCUCAAAACUUAACUCGGCAAAAUAUACAUCUCGCCGCCGACUACACCCUGAACUCUUGAACUCGGCGAAAACGCGUUUCUCGGCCCCGACUUCACCAGGCGAACUCGGGAAUUGCAGCUAUUUCGGCACCGACUACUUCGUCGAACCCUUCUUCCGAAGAAUCGCGAACCCCCUCGUAGCCCAUAAGAGCUCUCAAAUCGCCUCUUCACGCUUCAUGCUCCCACAACCAUGCUCUCGCGAGCUCGUCGUCGUCGCCACCUCCCCCUCCACGCUCUUCUCCCCACCCCACCGCGCCGCCGCGCUCUCCGCAGCCUCCGCGCUCCGGAAUCGCCUCCCCAGACGCGCGACGUGUUCACGCUCAACUCCGCCAUCACGAGCUGCUUCCGCAGCGGCGACGUGGAGCGCGCGCGCCAACUGUUCGACGAAAUGCCCCACCGGAACUCGGUCACCUGGAACUGCAUGGUCUCCGGCUUCGUCGCAAACCGCAUGAUCUCCGACGCGCGCAGGGUGUUCGACCAAAUGCCCGCGAAGAACGUCGUAUCCUCGUCGGCGCUCGUCGCCGGGUACGCCAAGUGCGGCCGCGUCGACGAGGCCCGGGACCUGUUCGAUCGAAUCCCCCGCAAGAACGUAGUUUGCUGGAAUUCGAUGAUCUCAGGGUACGCAUUGAACGGCAUGAUCCAAAAGGCGCGCGAAUUGUUCGACGAAAUGCCCCUCAGGAACGGCGUCUCGUUUUCGAUCAUGAUUUCGGCGUACCUCAGGCGCAGGCUCGUCGGCGAAGCUCGCGCGCUGUUCGACCGAGCGCCUUCACCGUCGUCGUCGGCGACGUCUCUUUGCAAUGCGCUGUUAUCCGGCUACGUAGAAUUGGGCCGCGUUAGCGAUGCGGAGGAGUUGUUCGGCAAAAUGGAUCGAAGGGACGUGAUAUCGUGGAAUGUAAUGAUCACCUGCUACGCGCGAGGCGGGAGGAUGGACCUCGCCGAGCGCCUGUUCGAUGAAAUGCCGGAGAAGGACACAGUCUCUUGGACGGCGGUGUUGCACGGAUAUUUGCUGAACAGGGAUGUAGAUUCCGCGUGGAAGUUGUUCAACAAUAUGCCGGACAAAGACGCAGUGACAUGGAACACGAUGAUGGGCGGGUUCGUGCAAAAUGGUAUGUUCGAGGAUGCUUUGAGAUUGUUCCACGCCAUGCCGGAGUGGGAGAGAGAUAUCGUCUCGUGGAAUACGAUUUUGCAAGGAUACGUUCGGAAAGGCGACAUGGCGAAUGCGAAUUACUUCUUCGGGAGAAUGCCGCGUAGAAGCGAGACUUCGUGGAACACGCUUAUCUCCGGAUACGAAGGAGAAGAGGCUUUGGUUUUGCUCUCGAAGAUGGUCCGAGAAGGAUUCAAGCCCGAUCAAGCCACGUUGAGUGUUGUGAUCUCGGUAUGCGCCUCUCUCGUUGCUCUUAACUGGGGGAAAAUGGUGCACAGCUACGCAGUUAAGAGCGGGUAUCCGCGCGACGCAUUGGUGAUGAGCUCGUUGAUCUCCAUGUACUCUAAAUGCGGCUUAACAGGUGACGCUCACGAAGUGUUCGAGCACGUUACGAAGCGGGACACAAUCACGUGGAAUGCCAUGAUCGCAACGUAUGCUUACCACGGGUUAGCUAAAGAAGCUUUCGCACUUUUCGGUGAGAUGAUCGAACGUAAGUUCGUUCCGGACCACGCGACCUUUCUGAGCCUGUUGAUAGCAUGUGCUCAUAGAGGUUUAGUCGACGAGGGAUGCAAAUACUUCGAAAGUAUGCAACGGGAUUGGAAAUUGGUACCGAGAUCGGAGCAUUACUCUUGCAUGGUUGAUCUUUUCGGGAGAUCGGGAUUUAUAAACCAAGCCCAUGAAUUGACCAAUGAAAUACCAUCCGACCGUCGAACCACUGCUUGGGAAACCUUGCUGAAUGCGUGUAAAGUUCACGGAAAUUUGGAACUCGGAGAAGCUGCGGCGAGAAAGGUUUUGCAGGAUGAUCAGCUCGAUGGCGGUGGAAUGUACAUACUCUUGUCAAAUAUUUAUGCCGGCAAAGGAAUGUGGGGCGAUGCGGCGAGUAUCAGAUCGUUCAUGCGAGAACGCGGGGUGAAGAAAGAGACGGGAUGUAGCUGGAUUGAGAUUCAGGGAGAGAUGGCCUUCUUUUCUUCGAACGAUAAGAGCCACCCUCUGAUCGAGGAGAUAUGUCGUGAAUUAGAUAAUAUUUCCAACAUAAUAGAAGAAUACAUUUGAGUUACGCAACAACGAGGGUAACUUACUUAUCCAAAAAGGCCGACGCUCAUGUUGGUGCUGUUUGAAUAGAGUCAUUCAGAGAAGCAAUACGAGCUUUUCAUUAGAAUACCCGAAAGAUCUCCAACACAGAAGACGCAGAAGCUCCAAGUUGGAUUCGUGGAGCUUUUGCGCUCAGAACCUAGAAGCUUAUUUCCACUUUUUACGACAGCGGCGAAAGAACUAUAGCAUAUUGUCGAUCGAACGCUUAUUAACGUUUUUGCUUCUUUAAUAGAGAGAAGCUGCUUCAAAAGCGAGGAGGCCACCCAAACAGGAACAGCCGCAAGUUUAACAUAGCAGAGAACAGUCGCCAAGCAACUUCGAAACACCGACGAAGCUAUCGGACAUUAAACACAGUUUCUAUUCCUUUCUCAUGUUGGAACCUACCAAAUUACAGUAAUCACAGCAGCAGCAGCAGCAACAAAAGGCUCAGGUGCUAUUGUGUAUUUUCACCUAAAAACUGAUCCACUGCAUGCAACAAUUGAGUGUUCAAACACCAUCUGGGAUGAGCUUAUCUAGAAGUGUGUUCAGCAGCGCGUCGCGCUUCUCCGCCCGGGUCUCCUCCCUCAUCCUCGCCUGCUCCUCGCUCUCCCGCAUCGCCCGCUCCAGCAUCAGCCUCUCCCUCUCCAACCUCUCCACCGUCUCCCGCCACUCCUGCUCGAAGACCCGCCGCUCCUCCACGCUCCUCUCCAUCUCCUCCCGCCACCGCUUCUCCGCCUUCUGUUGCCACUCCAUCAGCUCUCGCAACACAUCAACAAUGCUUCUGUCGCCAAUCAGUAACUUUGCCCCCCUCGCGACCCUCGUCUUCGUGCUUCGAGCGGGGCCGUCGCGAUUGCCAUUCUCUUCUUCAUCUUCAUCUUCAUCUUCACCUUCUAAGAAUUCAUCGAACGAUCGAUCUUCGGACGGCCUCUUUAGUUUCUUAUUCGGAUUGGAGGCACAGGAUUCAACAGCAAGGUGAGGGCGUCGCAUGUUCGUCGCCGGCUCAUCGACGUUAUCGGCAUCCGACGUCUCUUUUCCCUGAAAAAAAGCAAAGUGAGAAUCACAAAUGUAGAAAUGAAAACUAUUUACUACUACGAAAUGCAUUGUCAUAUGCUCACUGAAA